CCUAUCCGGUCUCCUCCCCUUAUUUACUUCGCUUCUUCCCCACCGCCCAUCCCACUCCCCUUCCCCCGUCCUCCCAAGAAAUGGGCCAAGUGGAAGCCGCCAAAGCCGUGGACAAAGUAGAACGAGACGAAGGAAGAGAAGGAGAAGAGGAGGAGAAGAGGAAGGAGGACAGCUGCGACUUCUGCGGCGAGGCGAAGGCCCUGGUCUACUGCCGGGCGGACGCGGCGAGGCUCUGCCUCCGCUGCGACCGCCAGGUCCACGCAGCCAACUCCGUCUGCUCGCGCCACCCCCGCUCCCUCCUCUGCGACACCUGCCGCGCCGCCGCCGCCUCCAUCUUCUGCCCCUCCCACCGCAGCCUCCUCUGCUCCAACUGCGAUUUCGAUGCCCACCGGGGCGGCGGAGUCGUCCACCAGGACCGCCGCCCGGUCGAGAGCUUCUCCGGGUGCCCGACGGCGGCGGAGCUUGUUGCGGUUCUUGGCGUCGGCGAGGAUGUGAAGUCGGUGGUGGAGGGCACGGGGGAUGAUGGAGGCGGCGGGUGGUUGGUGGAUGACGGAUGGAUGUGGGAGAUGCCGCCGGUGUUCAGUCUCGACGAUCUUAUCGUGCCGACUACUUCUUGCCAUGGCUUCCAAGCUACAGGGAUUCCGCCUUUACCCAAGCACCGAAAUUCAACUUGUGGAAAACAUAAGGAAGAGAUAGUCCGACAGCUUCAUGAACUUAUUAAGUCUGAAAACCGCAUGAUAAAUGAUCAUGACGAGCUUGAACAAGUUAUGAAAUUCCAGACCCUGGUACCACAGCAAAAUUUUCAACUGGGCAAUUUGCAUUCUGAUGUUGCUCAUGAUGGAACAUGCAUAGCUGUACCUGCUUGCGAGUUCCAGGAUAAUGCACCUCAGUGGACAACUGAUAAAUUGGCAGCAGUAUUUCCUGUUGAGCAAGAUAUAGGAGACUCCUCUAUGGUAAACUUGUUAUCUGUUGAUGAGACUACAGACAAUCAAGCAAAUGCAAAUAAAGCCAGUGUUGCUGACAGUGACACAGGGCAUACUGUCAUUAGACAAAACAUACCAUCAUUACCACUCAAAAGUGGCAAUGAGCUUGCUUUUGUCAACCGUGACUCUGUUAUCUCACGGUACAAGAAGAAGAGAGAGACGAGGAGAUAUGAUAAACUUAUACGGUAUGAAUCACGGAAGAUUCGGGCCGAUACAAGGAUGAGGAUCAAAGGGCGGUUUGCUAAGGCAAAUCAAGUCACACAAUUGGAAACAGAUCAAACACCGAAGCUAGGAGAUUAAUCUGUACACUAGCACAACUCUCGCUGGUUCUAUAGUCAACUCCCAACCCAGUCAUCUUGCAAGAGUUACAAUGUGAACUAGCUUAUAGGCACUAUUGUGAUGGUGGUUGAUUGUCUCAUGCAGGCACUAUGAUCCGUCAUGUGGCUAAGAUGUGUUAAAUAUGUUAUAUAUUAAAAUGUAGAAUGAUGCUUAUAGCUAAGAGCUGGUUGCUGUAAUUAGAAGAACAACAUUUUUUUUUCCUGGUGGAGAAUAACGUUGUUCCUAGAAGUGAGAUUAUCCAAACUUUCAUGUAAUGUAAUUCCACUUACCUUUUUGUUAUAUAAAAUAGUAUUGUGCUUUACUGAAA